AUGAGCCGGCAGACGUACAGCACCAGAGCUGGGGGUGGAGGGCGGUCAUACAGCGCUGCUUCAGCCAUCGUUCCUGGGGGCAGCAGGGCUGGCUUUAGCUCGGUGUCAGUGUCACGAUCUGGAGGAGGUGGUGGUGGCUUUGGAAGGCUCCUUGGAGGAGGAGGAGGUGGCGGAGGUGGUGGAGGUUUUGGCAGCAGGAGCCUCUACAGCCUCGGUGGUUCCAAGAGGAUUUCCUUCGGUGUUGGAAGCAGCUUCCGGAGUGCUUUUGGAGGUGGUGGAUCUGGCCUGGGAGGUGGCAGCGGUGGUGGCUUUGGUCUUGGUGGUGGUGGAGGGGGUGGUGGCCUUGGACUUGGUCUUGGUGGUGGCGGAGGUGGCGGUGGCCUUGGACUUGGUCUUGGUGGAGGCGGAGGCGGAGGUGGCGGUGGUGGCUAUGGCUUUGGUGGAGGUCCUGGCGGGCUUGGCUUUGGUGGAGCAGGAGGCAUGGGGGGACUUGGAGGGAUGGGUGGUGGCAGGGCUCCCUUGGGUUUUGGUGGCCCUCCUGGCAUGGGCACCAUCCAAGAAGUGACAGUCAACCAGAGCCUGCUGGCACCCCUCAACCUGGAGAUCGACCCCAACAUCCAGCAGGUGCGCAAGGAGGAGAAGGAGCAGAUCAAGACCCUCAACAACAAGUUUGCUUCCUUCAUUGACAAGGUUCGCUUCCUGGAGCAGCAGAACAAGGUGCUCGAGACAAAAUGGACCCUCCUGCAGGACCAGAGUCAGAAAAACAGCACAGGCAAGAACAACCUGGACCCACUCUUUGAGGCUUACAUCAAUAACCUGAAGCGGCAGCUGGCCAACCUGCUGAGCGAGAGAGGACGCAUGGACGGGGAGCUGAAGAACAUGCAAGACCUUGUUGAGGAUUUCAAGAACAAGUAUGAAGAGGAAAUCAAUCGACGCACAGCAGCAGAGAAUGAAUUUGUGGUGCUGAAGAAGGAUGUGGAUGCUGCUUACAUGAAUAAGGUGGAGCUGGAGGCCAAGGUGGAUGCUCUGACUGAUGAACUCAACUUCCUCCGAGCCCUCUACGAGGCGGAGCUGGCUCAGCUCAGCACACAAACGUCUGACACCGCUGUCAUCCUGUCCAUGGACAACAACCGGGACCUGGACCUCAGCAGCAUCAUAGCUGAAGUCAAAGCACAGUAUGAGGACAUUGCCAACCGCAGCCGGGCUGAGGCAGAGGCUUGGUACCAAACCAAGUAUGAAGAGCUGCAGGCCACGGCUGGGAAGCAUGGGGAUGACUUGCGCAACACAAAGGGGGAGAUUUCUGAGCUCAACCGGCUCAUCCAGAGGAUCCGAGCAGAGAUAGAGAACACAAGGAACCAGUGUGCCACCCUGCAAACAGCCAUCGGAGACUCUGAGGAGCGUGGGGAGCUGGCUCUCAAGGAUGCCAAGGCAAAGAUGAUGGAGCUGGAGGAUGCCCUGCAGAAAGCCAAAGCAGAUAUGGCCCGGCAGCUGCGUGAGUACCAGGAGCUGAUGAAUGUCAAGCUGGCCCUGGACAUUGAGAUCGCGACCUACAGAAAGCUGCUGGAAGGCGAGGAGAGCAGGCUGAGUGGAGAAGGACUCAACCCCAUCGGCUACUCAGUGAUCAGCUCCAGCUCUGGCACAGCUGGUGGAGGAGGAGGAUUUGGUGGACUGAGCCUAAGUGGAGGUGGCGGUGGAAGUGGAUUUGGUCUUGGAGGUGGCGGUGGAAGUGGAUUUGGUCUUGGAGGAGGCGGUGGAAGCGGAUACAGUCUUGGAGGAGGUGGUGGAAGCGGAUACAGUCUUGGAGGAGGUGGUGGAAGCGGAUACAGUCUUGGAGGAGGUGGUGGAGGCUACAGCUUUGGAAGCGGAGGAGGACUUGGACUUGGAGGUGGGGGUGGUCUCGGAGGUGGGUAUGGAGGUGGCAGCGGGCUUGGGCUUGGAGGAGGCAGCAGCGGAAUUGGGCUGAGUUCUGCAGGAGGGAAUUUCAGCUCUGGGAGCGCAAAAGGCACCAAUCCAGGUGUGAAAAUCGUCUCCAAAACUUCCUCCAGCAAAAAGAGCAUAAAGAGCCAAAGCCUGAAGAAUGCCUCACAACCCGAGUAAAGUGAUGCUGCCAGACCCCUUCCCCCAAAGCCAUCGCUGCUGCAUCACUCCUGUACCGCUCCCGCACCCAUCACCUCUCUGCUGUAGUUCUUAAGCAUUUGGGUUCCACCUCAGGAAAGCAGCGAGCACAAGCUAACUUGAAGCACCAAAACAGGUUUCAAAGGAAAACACAGGUCUACAAGAUUUUUGGAAUGGGGAAUUUUUUUAUUAUUGUUUUUUUUUUAAUGAGGGUGAGCAGCCUGUAAUUGCGGCUAGCUGAUGGCCCUCAGCAGCACAGAUCAAAUAGCAACUCAGACGCAAUAACUGGGUUUUACAUUCAUUGUUCUGGCCUGCAGAAGCCCAGGGACGGGCUGGGAACAUGGCUUCCAUCCAGGCUGCUUCUCCCUUCUCCCAUGGCUUCUCCCAGGCUGCUGGAACAAAUCAAACUCGUCCCUUCAAGUCAAGUAACUCAUCUUCACACAUUUCCAUACAUCUGUGAGGGGUUUUUCUGCUAAGCAGAAACACUCUGGGAGGCUUCUGAAAGAUCCCAGGCAGUGGUUUGCAAGCUCAGUGCUCCUCUUAAGACACCCUCUUCUAAUGGCAACACAUGAGGAGACACUUCUAAGUUACUGAGUUUGAUGGAAAAUAUCCCUCUUUUCCCCACCUGUGGCUGAGCUUUGAAAAGUGCAUUGCUUCCAGAUGUGCUGAGCAACCACACAGCAUCUGGAAAGAUCCCUGAGAUGUCCACAGAACCCUGAACCACUCUCACUUCUGUCCUUUCUCUUCCUAAAUAAAUGUUUGUCCCAUAGCAGCACCUUGCAUGUAACCUUGCAAGUGCAUUUUGUCUCCUCUGAUGGAUCCCAAGCAGGUGAGAAAGACCUUGUUCCCUAAAUUAUCAGAUUUUUGGGAUUGUUUUAAAAAAUAACCAGAACACAGAGGUUUUCAGCAGAUCAGCCUUUGCAGUUACAUUGGGUUAUUGUCUUGCUUCAUGCUAGGUUUUGUGGAAAUGGCUUUAAAAGUGCUGAGAUCACCCCAACGCCCAAACCUCACUGACUUCCCCCAUGGUGUCAGCAGCAGCAAUCAAGGUAAAAGCCUGCUGAGACAAAAGAUCCCUGCAAAAAUUCACACAGAGGGCCACGUCCAUGCUGCUCCAGGGGGACCUCAUCCGCUCCAUGGGGUAUGCGUUUCUGGGCCAAAAGAGAUGCAUUUGGAUAAAAAAAUGCAUUCAUAUCUCAGCCCAACGCAUGGAAAAUGUGGCAAUCAGGAGCAGGUGCCAAAGGUGCCCCUUUCUGAUGGGAUCUGCCCCUGUAGUGCUCCACUCUGCCUUUAUUUUGAUGAAAAUACCAAAGAAAUUUGCAGCUUUUUAUACUUCAACGGUAGCAAAACAAUGCUAUGUUUUCCUUCCUCUCUCUUUUGGG